AUGGGAGAAACGGAUCUAGAAAAGCUAGCUGCGGCAACAGGCGAAGGCGCCACGGUUCUGCAACCGUCAAACGAUAUAUCGGCCUUGAGCGAUCAGAAUGCAAACCAUUCGACGGGGAGUGAAGGAAGUAGUAGUGAGCAGGAGGUCAUCGGAACCGAACUACAGCCUAUCAAUUCCACUGUCAGCUAUGAAGCCGCAGAUACUAAAACUAAAAUUAUAAUUGUCAGCGCAUUAUGUAUAAACUUAUUUCUAUGCGCGCUGGACCAAACCAUUGUAUCAACUGCAUUGCCUGCAAUAAUCGAGGACCUUGGUGGAAACGUUGCAUAUUCAUGGGUUGGAAGCUCAUACCUGAUAGCCUCAUCGGCUUUUAUCCCGAGCUGGGGUAAAUUCUCCGACAUCUGGGGUCGAAAACCAAUAAUUAUGGUUGGAUCCGUGAUUUUUAUGGUUGGAAGUAUCUUGACAGCUGCUGCAAAGGAUAUGGGGACCCUUAUUGCCGGCCGUACAAUCCAAGGUUUUGGUGGAGGUGGUAUUAUGGUACUGGUUAACAUUACUGUUUCCGAUAUCGUAACUAUGAGAGAGCGUGGAAAGUAUCUAGCGGCUGUGGGGGCGACAUGGGCGAUAUCUAGCGCCAUUGGACCGAUUAUCGGUGGAGCUUUUGCUACACAUGCGUCGUGGAGGUGGUGCUUUAUUAUUAACAUACCGAUUGGCCUCAUCGCUAUGGUCGUUAUUUGGUACUUCUUGCAUCUACAUUCUCCGAAAAUUGGUGUUAUGGAAGGCUUGAAGCAGGUAGAUUGGCUGGGAAGUCUUUUCGCGGUUGGAGGGACAACUUUGUUUUUGGUCGGAAUCGACAGUGGUGGAGUUACUGAGCCUUGGAAUAGCCCGUUGGUCCUCUCCUGCCUAAUAAUCGGGUCAACUAUGCUCGUAUCUCUCAUCUUCAUCGAAUGGAAAGUCACAGCGAAUCCCAUUAUGCCCCCGAGAGUAUUUGGUCACAAAACAGCACUUGCGAGUUACGUUAUUUGUUUCUUGCAUGCUCAAACCUUCAUUGCUGGCGCCUUUUACCUGCCUUUAUACUUCCAAUCGGCUCUCGGGAAAACACCAUUGAUGUCUGGUGUUCUUAACCUGCCGUUUGUUUUCAUGUUGAGCAUCGGAUCCAUGGGUACUGGAAUAGUCAUUGCAAAAACCGGAAAUUACCGCCCGAUAAUGCGAAUCGGCUUGGUAUUUAUGGCUGCCGGAGCCGGAGCGUUUGUGGAUUGGGAUAGAACGUCUUCGAUGGUGAAGAUUGUCUUCUUCCAAUUUAUUGCCGGCUUUGGCCUUGGACCGAACUUUCAAUCUCCACUUAUUGCUAUCCAUAGUACGAUCCAACCUGCCGAUAUUGCGGUAGCCACUGGUGCAUUUGCUUUCAUCAGAAACCUUGCCUGUGCCAUUGGUGUGUCUGUCGGAAAUGUCAUAUUCGCCAAUGAGUUCAAUCGCAGAAUCCCAUCUAUAAUGCAAAGUCUCAGUCCAGAAACCGUACGAUUAAUCUCCGGAAAUGGUGGAGCAUCCAGCACUGGCGCUGUAAGCAGGUUACCCGCGAAUGAAAGAAUACCAAUUCAGGAUGCAUAUGCCGAGUCAUUGAGUGUUAUGUGGUGGUAUUUUGUCGGGGUCAGCGUGGCAGCUUUACUAUUUAGUUUACUUGUAGGGAAGCAUACACUUAGCACAAAGCUGGAAAGUGUGCAGCCGGCAAAGGCGAGGAAGAAGAGUGAGAAGGCGAAAAAAGCCAAGGAGAAUGUAGGCGACGGGCCCGAUGUGGCUGUUGACGAGAAGGGUGGAAGAAGAAUGGUUGGGAACGAUGUUGUAUAG